AAGUAAAUUAAAUGUGGAAAAAAAAAAUAUUCGAUUAAAAGAAAGACACAAAGCCGGAAAAAAUUCAUUAUUCCAUCUGAAUCCAUUAGAUGGCCUGAUUUUUGUCGUCGUACGUACUAAAUUCUCCUCCAAAAUGUGUUUUACAAUCGGCCAAAUUGAGCGAGCGUGUGGAUUAUUGGUGCUGACCGAGUUCAACACAUUCGUUUACUGCUGCAAAAAUUGUCAGUGUGAAUUUGAAUCCGGGCCCAAUUUGGAGGUGCACAUUUUGUCAGAGCAUCAAGAUGAUAAAGGAGCGGUAUUUGUGAAUGGUAACGUUUUGGUGGAUAAUUGUAGCUUCGAGCCAACACCAAUUGAACUCGACGCAUCAAAAGUAAAAAUUGAGCAAUUUGAAUCGAAUGUUGAAGAGUCAGAUGUGCUAAAUGUGGAAGAAUCAUGUGUUGAAUAUGCCAAACCGUUUUCAGUUUCGUUGGCGAAUGCACAUUUUGAUAUUGGCUGCAACAGCGUUGAGAAGACAAAUAAAACAAUAGUAUCGUUUCAUCAAGAACAACCACAAGAUGCAGUGAAUUCGGAAGAAAAAAUGAUUUUAGUGGCAAAUGGAACAGUCGAAAUUGAAUCAGUUGGCCACAGUUCUUUGCAAACAGCACAUGAUGUGUCAAUGCCACAGAAACGAUCACGAGGUCGUCCACCGGGACUGAAAAGACAGAAAAUUGAAGUAAAACCACACAAACCAAGAGGUCGUCCAGCUGGAACGAAGAAUAAGCAAACCAUCAUCAAUGAAGCGAUCAAAGCAAUGACACCGAAACGAUCAGUUGGACGCCCGCCCAACACGUUAGAAAUGAGCAACCGGAGGUUUUAUUGUGACAUGUGCGCUGACAUAUCAUUCAAAUAUAAACAGGGGUUAUUAAGACACAUGACUCUCCGUCAUAUACGUCCGCCUGGAACAGAGAAUCCCAUCGAAAAGUUAGAAAAUAGCAACCAAAGAUUUUACUGUGACAUGUGCCCGGAAUUAUCAUUUAAACAAAAAACGGGUAUGAAAAAACACAUGACUCGCCGUCAUAUACGUAAAGAUAUUGCAGAAAAGUUGAAGCAAUGUGAAAUUUGUCACAAAUUUCCACGGAUAAGCUAUGAGCAUCACAUGAAAAUAAAGCACUCGGAACUGCAAUUUAAAUGCGACAUUUGUGAUGCAGUUUUUAGACAAAACACAUCUCGAGUCAUUCAUAUGCGAAAACACACUGGCGAAAAGCCAUAUCUCUGCUCCAUCUGCGGCAAAGCAUUCGCUUCAAAUAUGAGACGUUUCAUUCAUGAAAGAGGCGUGCAUAGUACAGUCCAUAAACAUCCAUGCUCCUAUUGCGAAAAAACGUUUGACACACGACAACGUCUUCAAGACCAUGUCAACGCAAUUCAUACGAAGAUACGGCCGUACUCAUGUGACGUUUGUAAUAAAAAUUUCUCUACAAAGGACUCACUACGUAUACACAAAGCUAGUCACGGGGAAGCAAAGCUUAAGUGCAGAUAUUGUGAAACUGCCUUUAAAACAAGAACCAGUCGAUGGCGACACGAAAUGGUCUAUCAUAGGAAAGUAGUUAUGGUCGAUGGCAAAUUUAUGAACAUGUACAAAAAAAGUGAUCGAAUGAAGAUGGAAAUGCUGACGAAGAAAGAUCAGGGAUAUUCAUUGGCAUUUCCAAUGGAAAAUAAACAAUCAAGCACAAAACAUCACAAGCCGAUAGACAAAAAACACCAAAAAAGUAAAUUAAAUGUGGGAAAAAUAAAUAUUCGAUUAAAAGAAAGACACAAAGCCGGAAAAAAUUCAUUAUUCCAUCUGAAUCCAUUGGAUGGUUUGAUUUUUGUCGAUACACGUACUAAAUUCCGCCUCAAAAUGUGUUUCACAAUCGACCAAAUUGAGCGAGCGUGUGGAUUAUUGGUGCUGACCGAGUUCAACACAUUCGUUUACUGCUGCAAAAGUUGUCAGUGUGAAUUUGAGUCUGGAUCCAAUUUAGAAGUGCACAUUUUGUCGGAGCAUCAAGACGAUAUGGAAACAAUUUUCGAGAAUAGUGAAGUUUUUGUGGAAAGUUUUAAUCCAUAUGCAUCGAAUCCGGCGAUAUCAGAAUAUGGAAUUUGGCCAACCAAUGUCAAAGUUGAACAAACCGAUGUAGAAGAAUUGAAUGAGUCAAAAUUGCUUCAAUCGAGUGAAGCAUAUGUCGAAGAAUCCAGUAAUGACGACACACCAUUGGCUGAUUUGUUGGGGAAUCACGGUAUCGACAACGUAAACAGCAGUGAUGAGUCAAUCAAAGCUAACGACGAAUUGUCAAUUGUGAAAAAACGAAGAGGACAACCGGUUGGAUGGAGACAAAGGCGAUACAGUGACGAAGCAUUCACACCUGAAAAAAAGAAAGCUGGCACAAAACGAGCGCCUGGUCGACCACCAGGAGCAAAAAAUAAGAACUACGACGAUGCAUUGGAAACGAAAUACGCAAUAAAUGACGAUGCGAAACCCCGGAUCAAAAGAGCUGGUCGGCCAACCACCGGUCAAUUCUACUGUGAAAUGUGUCCGGAUCUAACGUUCGAUGGAAAAAUGAAUCUGACCAGACACAUGCACCGCUGUCACGUUCUGCAAAAGCGAAAAUGUGAAAUAUGCAACAAAAUUACAAGAAAAGGCUACGAAAGACAUAUGAAAAAGUGUCAUCCGAAAGAAGCAGGUAGAAAGCAACGAAUUAGUCGUCCAGUUGGAUCGAAAAAUCGUAACUACGCACGAGAUGACAUCAAAAAUUACCAUAUCAUAGAUAACAAAGUGGAAAGCAUGACCAAAAGAGGUGGUCGGCCUACGAUUGGCAUAUUCUACUGUGAGAUGUGUCCGGAUCUAACGUUUGACGGUAAAAUGAAUCUCAAAAAGCACAUGUUUCGCUGUCAUAUACUACAAAAGUGGUGUAAAAUAUGCAAGUAUCGUCCAAGACAGAGCUACGAACGACACAUGCUUAAGCAUCAUCCGAAUCAACCGCACACAUGCCACAUAUGUAACGCCAUUUUCAAAGGUCAGCCGAGCCUAAAGGCCCAUUUGCGUUUACAUACAGGCGAAAAACCUUAUCUAUGUGCCACAUGCGGCAAAUCAUUCACCACACAUGCACUGUAUCGCAACCAUGAAGUUAGAGUACACAGAAAUAUAAGGAAAUAUAAGUGUCAACAUUGCAGUAGCUCAUUCCAUGUUCGCUACCGACUUCAAGAUCAUAUGAACGCAUUUCACACAAUGGAAAAGCCACAUCAGUGCGAUAUAUGUGGAAAAGGUUUCGCUUCUAGAACCUAUGCACGUAUCCAUCGAAUUACACAUGGCGAGAAAGAGUUGCAAUGUCGAUACUGUGAUAAAAUGUUCAAACUCGCAGGAAAUCGACUGAAGCAUGAAACAUCGAUGCAUAACAUUGUUAUAACAUAUACGAAAACCGGCAAUUGA